CUGCAAGUUAGAUGGAUUGAGUCAUGUAGAGUUAAACUAACCCCUCCCACAGCCAUGGACCACUAAAGCGCCCAUUUUCAUGAGCACCUCUCACUAAGGCAGCUCAGAGCCGGCAGAGCCUGAUAGAGGAAGAGGGAGAGAGGGGGAGGAGGGAGCGAGCACCGGCACUGAUGGACGAGCCAAAGGUCACAGGUACCAAACCAAAGAUGUCCUGGACAAGAAAGAUUCUACUCCUCCUGGGAUUCCUCUCUACUUUGGCUGUAAUUGCUUUAAUUGCUGUAGCAGUGACCCAAAACAAGCCACUUCCGAAGAAUAUUAAGUAUGGGAUUGUGCUGGAUGCAGGGUCGUCCCACACUAACCUGUAUGUGUACGAGUGGCCAGCAGAGAAGGAGAACGACACUGGGGUGGUGCAGCAGGUGGAGGUGUGUAAAGUCGAAGGCCCUGGGAUCUCAGGUUACUCCCAUGCCACAGAGAAGGCAGGUCCGUCUCUGGCACAGUGCCUACGACAAGCAGAAGAUGUGAUUCCUUCAAAGCAGCACCAAGAGACACCCGUCUACCUCGGAGCAACUGCUGGCAUGAGGCUUCUCAGCUUGGAGAAUAAAAAUGCAGCUGACAAAGUCUUAUCCUCAGUAGAGAAGACACUACGCUCAGCUCCCUUCAACUUCCAGGGUGCCAGAAUUAUCAGUGGUCAGGAAGAAGGAGCCUAUGGAUGGAUCACCAUUAACUACCUGCUGGGCAAUUUCAAGCAGUCCGGCUGGAAAAAACUUCUACAUUCCCUGAAAUCCAUAAGCGAGACAUCAGGAGCGCUGGACCUUGGAGGAGCCUCAACACAGAUUACCUUUGUACCAAAUGAACUCUCUUCUGAGUCCCCAGAGAACCUGCUCUACUUCCGUCUCUAUGGGAAGGAUUACUUAGUGUACACCCACAGCUUUCUCUGCUACGGGAAGGACCAGGCUCUGCAACAGAAACUGGCUGGGGACCUACAGACCAUGGAGAACAGCAGCCUCCUUGAUCCAUGCUUUCACCAGGGGUAUCAGAGGACUAUAAAUAUAAGUGACCUCUUCAAAACCCCUUGUACAUCAGCCAAGAAAAAGCAAUUCCCUUUCAGCCAGUUGUACAUACAGGGAGAGGGAGAUUAUCAGAAGUGCCGAAGAAACAUCCAGAAACUCUUUAACAAAACCAAUUGUCCUUACUCCAGUUGCUCCUUCAAUGGUAUAUACCUACCUCCAUUACAAGGGGACUUUGGGGCUUUUUCUGCUUUCUACUUCGUGAUGAACUUUUUGAACCUGACCAGUGAACAAAGCCCCGCUGCCCUGGACAGAGUAGCCACCACCAUUGAGAGCUUCUGCGCCCGGCCUUGGCAUGAGGUGAAGACAGCAUAUCACCAAGUAAAAGAAAAGUACCUGAGCGAAUACUGCUUCUCUGGAGCCUACAUCCUCUCCCUCCUGGAAAAUGGCUAUGACUUCACCGAAAACAACUGGCAAAGGAUCCACUUUCUUGGGAAGAUCGGCAGCAGCGAUGCAGGCUGGACCCUAGGUUACAUGCUGAACCUGACCAACAUGAUCCCUGCAGAGGAGCCUGCUGUGCCCCCUCUUUCCUAUGGCAGCUAUGUGGGGCUGAUGGUGCUGUGCUCCCUCGUGCUGGUGUCUGUGCUCCUGUUUGCCUGGCUUCUCUUCCACAAGCCCAAGUGCCUGCAGAAGGGGAUUGUUUAGGAAGAGCAUUGGGAAAGAGGGGCCAUGUCACCACGGCCAGGGCUAGGAGACCCCGGCAGAGCAGGCUGUACUUCAGAGCCCCUCUCACUGAAGCUACUGACUGUGUACAACAAGGGCAUUUAUUUCUUCUGACUCACACUUGCACUGACAGAGGUUGGGACAUCAGGCUCACCACCUCUAUCUGCCAAGGACAGACAAGCGGGAGUCCCCCCCUUGAAUGGGUCGUACUUUCAUUCAGUGAAAUGUUGCUGCUGGUUGGUUUUUGCCUUGUGCACAGCAUUAUAAAGAGAAAAACCGCAGCAAUCUUUGGGAGCCAGUGCUCUUGCAAGGGUAAUCUCAGGGUCACAUAUCCCACUGAGCUCUUGGCAGCGAUCACACCAGGGUGGUCCUGCUCCUCCUCCACUGAAGCUAUUCCCAAGAGCCCUUCCCUCACCAGCACACCUCUGCUCACUUCCCUGUGCCCUGAGCCCUCGCAGCCCUACAACUGGGUAAGGCCACCUGCACCCAGCUGACCCUAAAGGCUGGCCAGGCUCCCAAAUGCCACCCUGGGAAAAGAAGGGAUGAGGAUGAAGAAAUCAAGUGUGCUGGUGGUCAUCAGCCCUUAGCUGGGCUCUGGUGGCUAUCUGCUCCUUUUGCAGGUGGCAAGAAGCCUCUUUCCCAUGUCUUCCUGAUGUUGUUGCUGGACCAAAGCUGGCUCACUAUUCACUGAGCCGUUCCCAUGUUCCUAGAAUACAUCUUGACAGAAGUUCCCAGCCAGGCAUUGCUGGUUUUUAUAGGAACAACUCAUACUGGCCAAGGAUCCUUGACCAGUAGUGAGUGCUUAGGCCUCCAGGGUCUCUGGUGUGAUCAGUGUGCCUACAAGUAUAUACCCACUAAAGCUAUCCAGUGUCACUGUGCUGAUCAUACAGCAGCCUCUGAUCUAGGGAAAAUGUUUAUUAGGUGAUGUUCCUUUAUAAAUAGGCAGCUGGCAGCAGUUAACUAGCAUGAGCAUGCACAGAUUGACCCACUCUUGCCACCAGCAAAAUCAGUGAAAAUUCACCUUUCCUUCCCUCAUGGCUUAGGUUUAUCCCAUGACCGUAAGACCCAGGGCUUGAGAAUGCAAGUACUGCAGCUCAUCUUCUAGCACACAGCUAAGGUGAUGCCACUGAUCAGGUUUAUGAAUCGUUUUCUUCCACUUUCCAUUCCUUGGUGCCCCCUCCCCAAAAAAGAGGUAAGUCAGAAAUCCAUUUUCAUAAACACACUUGGAAACCACUGGUGCCUGUCUUCCUCCUAUAAAAUUUUGGAAAUCUCUUCUCCUAAUGACCUGCAAGUGCUGGAGGCCAAAAGAAAGCUGAUAUUGUGAAAGACAUGGCAAACACACACCUUCACCUGUUUCCCUGAGCAAAGGUGUAGAAGGCGCGGAGGGAUCAGGAUGUGCAACCUCAAUAAAGCUGCCUCCUUUAGGCAAGCACAAACACAGAACUUGGGGUUUUCAUGCCCUCCCAGCCUGUGCCUCUGCGCAGUGCAGGCUGGAAAGUGUACCCCAGUUAUUUCUUCUUCAUGCCUGGAAGUAGGAGCCAUAACACGUUGAAGGACCUGAAGGUAAGGGAAAAAUCUACCCUGUGAUGUGGUAAGAUCUAUGGGCAGUUCAUUAUUUUUCCAAAAAUCUGUGUCUUAUUUUUCCUCUGAAUUAGCUUUCUUCAGCUUCUGAUGGAUCUUGUCCUGCCCAUUUUGGAAAGACUGAGUAACUCUCUGCUAUCAAAAUCUCUUUUUCCUUGUUGGUGCUUGCAAGUCGUCAUUCUAUCAUAUUAACCGGAUUGACCUUCAAUCUGUAAAGUGCUCUGUGCUGACCCCACUUGUAGCUCUUGACACCACUUCUUUGAAAAUGUGUGCAUCUUUCUGAAACAUGGACACCAAAGUUUUCAGCAGUGAGUGGUAGUAGAGUCGCUCAUAGUGUAUAUAAAAGUAAUACCCUCUGGUUUUGAUCUAUACUCUAUGUUCCCCAUUUGUAUAUCUCAGGGCCAGAUCUGCUCACUAAAGAGAAAGUUUUGGGCCUGGUUUUUUCCAGUCGGACUAUUGCAACUUGGCCUUUUUUUCCAGCAUUCCAGAACAGCUACUGUCUCACGCUGUAUAUCACUGUCUCAACAUUAGCCACUUUGCCUUCCACAUGACUCCAUUGAAACAUGUACUAAUCAAAGAAUAUUCCCCCAAGCAAGUGAUCCAGAUCGAACUGCAAUGACACCUCCCCAUACUGUUUGUCCAUUGACCAGUUAUUGCUCUAUCUGCAAACACACUGAGAUGUUUUAAUUCAUCUAGAGAUUGAGUUUUUCUUCUGUUGUUUUCAGCAAAGAUAGGUAGAGGAGAUGUUAACAGUAGCUUUUGGUCACAGCUGAAAGGCAUGCAGGAGAAACAUGUGGUCAGAGUUGCUCCAACUCCCCCAUCAGUCCCACUUGCAGCGCAUCCUAUCCUGUGCCACUUUCCUUGCGUGUGGAGUCUUCGUAGCAGAGCAGGUGACCUGGAGAAGCUCCCCGCAUGAGCUGGUGCAUCCUUCCUCACCAUGAACAGUGUGGAAACCUGAAGAAUGGCAGCUCCUCUCCUGAGACCUCCUCGGGGAUCUGCCAGCUGCUUAAUUGUGUCCAUGAUGCUGGACUUAGCAGAUACACUGGGACAUGUCAGAAACUGAUGCAGAAACAUUAUGUGGAAGUUGGUGUGGAGAGAACUCCUGUGCCAGCCUGCUCUCCUGGUCCCUGCUGAGGGUUGAUGCCAAAGGAAAAGGUCAAUACAGAACCUGGAAGGAGAGUUUUAGCAAUGUUCCCUAUCUUUAUGGCAAGUUCCACAGUAUUAAUAUUGCUAGCUCUCGAGUCUGAAGUCAGGUGAUCAGUUUGUAUCUUUGCUUACUCUCUCCUGCCUUUCUUCUCUUACCUUCUGGUUUGGGUUUGGUUUUUUUAAAGCUGUAAAUGUGACUUGAGUGCAACCUAAAGGCCCCAAACUAAGAUAAAUCAAAAAUAUGUUACAUUAUUUUUAAUCCUUAUGAGGUUUUGUACCACAUUUAUGAGACAAUCUCUCCAAAACUAGAAUUUCUAAGGUGGCACCAGACAUGCUAUUUAAAAAUCACUUGAGCAGGCUGAGGCUCCAGGAAUUGGUUGACUGAAGGCAUCCUAUUAGGGAUGAUAUACCCUGAAUACCCAAGUAUCGAUAUAUCCUUGCACAUCAAUGGCUGUACUUGAACCUUCAGAGAAAAGCACAUGAUUUUUUUCUCCCCACUUCUCCUGCUAUUGCGGGACUUUGUCCAUGGAGGCUAUUCAAAAUUCUUGGUCAAAGAGUUCAAGUUUAAUGAACAUUAAUUUCUUUGCUUCUGUGCUGCACCUGACCCGGCUGUAUUCAGUUCAAAUGCGUAUCGUUGAGCUAACCAAUGCAUACGUGAAGAUCAUUAGUGAUAGUGGGGGAAAUUUCCAAAUAUGCCAGUAAUAAUAUGGUAUCACUUGUUAAUGCAGUUGAUCUGCCUCACUGAUAAUUAUCUGUGCCUUAUUUCUAAUUUGGUAGCUUCUGGCUUUAGUUUCCAGCCACUGGCUCCUGUACAGUUUUGCUCUUCUGGGUUAAAGCAUCUUUUAACACCACACAUUCUUAUCUUGCAAGUAUUUAUUCACUAUCAGCUUUGCUGGGCUGCUGAUAUUCCAGAUGUUGGUGUCUCCUGUUUUGCCACAGGAAGCCCUGAGAUGUGCUGCAGCAGAGUGGGAUGAGUGUCAGUGGUUUGGGUUCAAACACUGAGUGUUUGGGAAGGUUCUAUUUUUGGAAAGGUUCUUUGCAGGAGGAUUCGAUAGAUUUUUGCGGGGUGCAGGAGCAGUCUGGUCUCUCUGGGACUGAUGACUUCCACAAGCUCCCUCAUGGUCACCCAAGUGUCAGGUGUGAGCAAAACUAUCAGUACUUCUCCGAAGAGGAUGGGUGCCUACAGCAUGAUCAGCUCUUGCAGAAAACAACCAGUCCCCACUGCAGGCUCUGAGUACCCUUCACUCUCCUCGGCACAGUGAGCUCUCCUCUGCACAGGCUGCAGUUGAUUUCUCUGGCCCUGCAGCAAAGCAUAGUGGAGCCUCCGCUUGCAAGAAAGCUCUCAGAAACAAGGUCAUCACCUCUGUGGUCAGAGAUUAAUUUGCAAUGUUGGUGCUGGCCAGGGCUCCCCAGCUUCUCCAAGAACAGCUCUCAGCUGGAUGCAUGCUCCCUCCUUCUCCAUCCCAGUUCUUCCCAUGCUCUGUGCCAGGGGGGGACAUGCAGGCUCUGUGGGGCUGCUGGCUGCGUCAUGGGACUCAACAGCCUGUGCAGGAGGGGCUGGUGGGGACACAUCGAGGACAACGGUCCCUGCCUCCCAGGCCAUGCGCUUGCUUUCUGCAGUUCAGCACUGAUGAAAUGGAUCUUUGUUUCAAUGCACGCACAAGUCUCUGUAACCUUAUCAUAAUAAAGACUUCUGAACUGAUGCCA